AUGCCGUAUUUUGAAAUGUAGAACCGGAAAUACUUCCACACACACGCUUUUUCAGACCCGAGACCAAAACGAAACGCGAACAUUCCCGUAGUGUAGUUUAAAAUAAUAAUAAUAAAACUAUAUAUUAUUUUUAAUUGAACAAUAAUGCGUAAUAUACGUGCGCACUAGCCCGCGCCGAUCAGAAGAUUUGUAAACGAUUAGCUUACUUCCGGGGUUUUUCGCCGAUUUCCGGACUACUUGUUUGAGCAAACGCGCUUAGUUUUGACUUUCGUGUUGAACCUCACGAGCCAAAGAUGCGCACGGCUCAUUUAAGGUCGGUUUUCAGAGAUGCGUUUCCUGUGAUGACGAGCGGGAUGUUCGUGGUCAGCCUCGCGUCGUGUGCGGCCUUUGGCCUCCAAAGCUACUUGGACUUGUCUCAGGGGAGUCUCAGCGUUGGGGCGAGUGUUUUUGUCCGAGGGCACGUGCACACCCUCUUCACGUUCCCUUUCUACCACAGAAGCCUCACCCAGCUGCUCCUCAGCAUCUGCACCAUGGUGUUCCUCAGCGGUAGUUUGGAGAAAGGAUUUGGCACCGUUCGCUUCCUGUUUGUGUGCAUCCUGAUGUCCACCAUCACAGGUUUGAUGUACGCCUUCCUGGAUCUCCUGCAGGGGCGCAAUGGGCCCACGGGGGGCUUGGUACCGAUGGCCCUCGCUUGUGUGACCCUCACCACCACGCACACAAAAAUGACCAAAGGGUUCCUCUGCGGCGUCAGUUUCCCCACCAUGGCUCUCCCAUGGGUGUUCGUCCUCAUGACCAGCGUGCUCAUUCCUCACACGGCUCUCCCCUGCAGCAUCAUCGCCACUCUCGUCGGAUGGAUGCACGGAAGAGGAUGGUUCUCCUUCGUGGACCUCUCGGAGGCCAGGGCAGGUCUCGUGGAGAAGACGCCGCCUCUCCGCUUGCUGAGGCGCAUCAGCGUGGUGCUGUUUGUCCCAGCUUCCGCCGAGGACCGGCGGAAGACACUCCUUCCUCAAAUAAACCCAACACCGGGGUCCUACCCGGUGCAGGCCUACGCGCCAGCGCAGAGUGCCGACGUGGCGGUUAGUGGCUCUGCCGAGAUGCAUGAGGGUUGGUUGAACGCUGCCACUGCAGCAUCUGGACCUGCACUUUUCUCUCAUCCUCAUGUCUCUGCAAUGGGCGUCAGUGGGACGAGUCACGGACACAACUGCACACACAGCCACGGCCAUCUAUAGUUUAUUUUUUAUUUUUUUCUCUCCCCUAUCUGCGCUUACAGGAAGAAAAAAAAUGCAUUGUAAUGUUCAUGUUGUAAAUACUGUUUGGAACUGAGAAAGGAUGGUCUGUUUUUGGAUAUCACAUGGGUCACAAUAAAGGAAUCUUAUACAAGUUCAUAAUACACUCACAUCUGUCAAUCAGUGCACGCCACAAGAAAUUAUAAAAUAUCAAACUGAAGAAAAAUACUACCAACUCAGUUUGUAAUGUCCACGUCUUCAUUUGCUUUUGUAAUGUUCAAUUGUAAAGUGACUUAAUGGGCACCCUGUAUAGUUUGAAUUUUAAUUUUAGACUUGCAAUAUGUACUAUGCAUAUUAAAAAUAAAUACAUCUUAUAAUACAUGAGAGUUAAGAGUUCCGCAGCUUAAACAAUGCUGCUGCUUUUCCCAGUUUUAAAUUCCCCAUCCGAGGAGCAUCGCAAUCUCGUCGGGUCUUAACUUCACUUUAACUAAUCAAAAUCAUGUUGUUUAUUCAUUAUUUUUUUCAAUAAGCUCCAUGUUGAUUUGCUUUUGAAUUUUCUCUUUAAAAAAAUAAAAUCUGCACACAUUGCAUUUGAAUCAGUACUCAGAUCUGCUCUGCUGAUACGCACAUCUUCAAAUUGAGUUGAUGCAACAUAGGAAGAGUAUUUGUGUAAUAUUCAG